UUUCUCAGACACUAUAGCUCACAGCUAACCCUGGGCAAGACUGUGGGCCCGUCGCGGGGAUAACGGCGGAGAACGACGCGCUGCAGUCCCGUCGCGCUUGCUUGGCCGUGAAUUUGGAGAUUCGACCUUCGGCCCUAGGAUCUGGGAACUGGCAACCACACUGCAAUUGCCCUCCAGCUGCAUCCCACUUGACCAACUCGACUUGCUGCUUGUUUAAGCAGCGGUUUGUCAAGCAUUGCUGUCUCGCAUUCUUCUCCGCCGGUAUCCUUCUCGUCACUCGUCAAAUCUCAAUCCACGAAAACACGCCCGGCCCCGCGUCUCGACAAACAAUCUCUGCACUGCCCAGUGGCACGCCGAUACUCGAUGGCCUUGCCCUCUUUUUAGCAACUGUUCGCUAUCCGGUGCCGAGCCAUUCCGCAACGAGCCACUGUAACCUGCUCUUGGAGCUUCCAGGAUGGGCAUCUCAGGCCUCCUCCCGCUACUCAAGUCCAUACAUCGUCCUACCGAGCUCAAGAAGUAUGCAGGCGAGACCUUCGGAAUCGACGGCUAUGGCUGGCUCCACCGAGGCGCCGUUGCCUGUGCCAUUGAGCUGGCCCAAGGCAAGCCAACCCGCAAAUAUGUCGACUUCGCAAUGCACCGUGUCAGGAUGUUCAAGUACUUCGGGGUCACCCCGUAUGUCGUCUUCGACGGCGACUUUCUGCCCAGCAAGGCCAAGACAGAAGCCUCCCGGGCCAAACGCCGGGAAGAAAGCAAACGACUUGGACUAGAGCUCCUCCGGGCUGGCAAGCCAUCGCAGGCUUAUGCCGAGCUCCAAAAGGCCAUCGACGUCACACCGGAAAUGGCCCGCCAUCUGAUCGAGGAGCUCAAGAAGGCCGACGUCCCGUAUGUGGUUGCUCCAUACGAAGCAGAUGCUCAGCUGGUCUACCUCGAACGUCAAGGCUUGAUCAGCGGCAUCGUGUCGGAGGACUCGGACUUGUUAGUGUUCGGCGCCAAGCGUCUGUUGACCAAGAUGGACCAGCACGGUCAGUGUGUCGAGAUCAACCGGAGGGACUUUUGCGCCGUACGCGAAAUCUCCCUGACCGGUUGGACCGACAACGAGUUUCGUCACAUGGCCAUUCUCAGCGGCUGUGACUACCUAAAAGGCGUCAACAACAUUGGCUUGAAGACGGCUUAUCGCUUGAUCCGCAAGCACAAGACGCCUGAGCGCGUUGUGAAGAUGCUUCGUUUUGACGGAAAGCACCAGAUUCCAGAUUCAUAUCUUGACGAAUUUAAGCAAGCCGAGCUCACCUUUCUGCACCAGCGUGUAUUUUGUCCCAAAAAGCAGGACAUUGUUCUCUUGACGGAGCCUGAGCUUUCGGUCAAUGUCGACGACAUGCCCUUCAUCGGAGCACCCAUAGAGGCCGAGUUGGCCAGGUCUAUUGCUGUCGGCGAUGUCAAUCCCAUCACCCGAGAGCGCAUCCUUGUCCCGCGUUCUCCAGGGAAGCGGAGGAUCAGCCAGGCUCUCGCGCCAGCAAGCGGUCCCCCAAGGAGUCUGGGGAAACCGAUCAGCGAAUACUUCAAAGACCGGAGCGCACGCCGGAUUCCCCUCGGCGAGAUGGAUCCGAACUGCUUCGUGGUCGAGCCCGAUCAAAACGGCAACGGCACUUCCGAAGACGCUCCUCGCCCGAUCGUGUUUCCGCUCCCGAGACCGUACCUGGACGGCGCCGAAGAAGCUUCGGCAAGUCCAGCUCGGCCGUACACCAGUAAUGCUCGGGUUCCUCGCCGCAAGACGGAGCCCGUCUCGAAACUCCUCGGGCUGGACUUCGCCGAGUCUCCGGAACAUCGCCGCCGGACAACCGGGCCAGUCAUUCAAGUGUAUCAGGAUCCAGCGUCACCCAGUAGACCAUUAAAGAAAGCGCGAUUGUGCGAGGAAUCGGCUUCUGAGGGAGUCGCCAGCGCUGCCCCGGAGAAGAGCAGGUUCUUUUCGUCGACCAAACAGAAGAAACCUGCUAUAAAGAAGGCGGACCAGCUGCUGAUGUCGGAUGAUUUCAUCGAGGAGGCCUUCCGGAGUCUGCCGGACUUGGAUUCGUGCCGCCCCGAGAAGCCGGCCAACCCCGCCGAUGACAUCGCAAUCUUACAAGACGUAUCUCCGGAGAAACCACGACGAUGUUCACUUGCAGUCGAACCGGCAACCGAGAGCAAUACCGACGAUGUGGUGGAAAUACCCGCCUCAUCCCCAUCUUCCGACCAACACGGACCAACCAAGCAGCGCAACGACAACGGUGGCAGCCUCACGUCAGUGACGCCCCUGGGGGAACUUCUAAAGACCUUCUCGUACGAGACAGCACGACCCCGGACGCGGGUCGUCCACGGUUUGUCCACGCCGGCAUCCAGCACCCAGCAGACUGCAACGCCCAGGAGCAUCAGCAGCCCUGCGAACACCAACACACAACCUCCGAUGUUGACCCCCCUGCAGCGCAUCGGGGCCUGCGCGCUGCGACGGCCGAAGCCUCAGUCGACGACUUCGAAUUUGACCACGACGCCCCUGUCAAACAAAAAGGCCCCGGCGUUUGAGUCGCUGCCUGUUAACCCGGCGUUUGUCCCGCUACCGAAGGUCGAUAUUGAGGAGGUCGAGGCGCUGAACAGGCCGCUGGGAAGCGAAGACCAACUUCUUCCUGAAAGUGAUGGGGAGAAUGAGGUUCUUCUGGGUGAUGGGCCGACAGCGGUAAACUCGGGAGGACGCCGGCUGGAUCUGGCAGGGUUUUUGUACUCUUGAUAUUCGUUUGUGUGUUUGUCGGAACUGGUUGGCCCGGGUCAUCAUCAUGACGAGGGUGGCAAUAUGGCGGGACAGUGCAUAGCGCUGGCGUCUCUAGGCCGGGUUCUUUGGAAUGGCAACUAAGGCGUUGUGGGAUUUUGAUGGCGGGUAUGAGUAGUUCUGGGUUAUCAUGAUGGGUAUUGUUCUUAUGUUUAGUUGAAGGUAACUUGGUAAUGAUUGGGGGCGUUUGCUAGGAACAAAGGAUGGUUGGUGGAUCUGGGAGUAUUCAUUGGCGUCUUGGAGAUGUUCGUUUGUACUCAAUCAUAAGAGUGCUAGGGACAUCAUGAGCAUGUGUCAACAAUAGGAUUAUAGGGUUCUCAUUUUGUUUAUUGUCCA